GAGGCAGGCCGGCAGGCAGACGGCCUCGCAGGCGGGUGGCGGCGGCCGUGCUGGCUGCUGAGGGCGGGAGCGAGUGAGUCACUGCGCGCGUGUGAGGGAGGGAAGGAGCGAGGGAGCGAGCAGCCCGCGCCCGCCGCCCUCCCGCAGCUCCCGCCAGGCCCCCCGCCACCGCCUACCCUCCGCCCAGCGUCCAGGCCGGGCCGAGCCGAGCCGGGUCGGGCCCGGGCCAUGCUGCUCACCGUGUACUGUGUGCGGAGGGACCUCUCCGAGGUGACCUUUUCCCUCCAGGUCGACGCCGACUUCGAGCUGCAUAACUUCCGCGCGCUGUGCGAGCUCGAGUCCGGCAUCCCCGCCGCCGAGAGCCAGAUUGUCUACGCAGAAAGACCUCUCACCGACAACCACAGAUCCCUGGCUUCUUACGGCUUGAAAGAUGGAGAUGUUGUAAUUUUGCGACAGAAGGAGAAUGCAGACCCUCGUCCUCCAGUGCAGUUCUCAAACUUACCCCGGAUUGACUUCAGUAGCAUAGCUGUGCCUGGCACGUCAAAUCCCCAACAGCGCCAGCUGCCCAGAGCACAGGCUCAGCACUCAUCUCCUGGAGAAGUAGCAUCGACUCCUCAAGGCUUAGACAACCCAGCCCUGCUCCGAGACAUGCUGCUGGCCAACCCUCACGAGCUGUCCUUGCUGAAGGAGCGUAACCCACCCCUGGCAGAAGCUCUGCUCAGUGGAGAUCUCGAGAAAUUCUCUAGGGUCCUGGUAGAGCAGCAGCAGGACCGAGCUCGGAGAGAACAAGAAAGGAUUCGUCUGUUUUCUGCUGACCCCUUUGAUCUUGAAGCUCAGGCAAAGAUAGAAGAAGAUAUAAGGCAGCAGAACAUCGAGGAGAACAUGACGAUAGCUAUGGAGGAGGCCCCAGAGAGCUUCGGCCAGGUCGCCAUGCUCUACAUCAACUGCAGAGUGAACGGGCAUCCUGUGAAAGCCUUCGUUGACUCAGGUGCCCAGAUGACUAUUAUGAGCCAGGCCUGUGCAGAAAGGUGUAACAUCAUGAGACUGGUGGACCGUCGGUGGGCUGGCAUCGCCAAAGGAGUGGGCACCCAGAAGAUUAUUGGAAGGGUGCAUCUAGCUCAGGUUCAAAUUGAAGGUGAUUUCCUGGCAUGUUCCUUCUCCAUACUCGAAGAACAGCCUAUGGACAUGCUUCUGGGAUUGGACAUGCUUAAACGGCAUCAGUGUUCGAUUGACUUGAAGAAAAAUGUACUGGUGAUUGGCACCACAGGCUCACAGACCACCUUCCUUCCUGAGGGGGAGCUCCCGGAGUGUGCCCGCUUGGCGUAUGGAACUGGGCGAGAGGACAUACGGCCAGAGGAGAUUGCAGACCAAGAAUUAGCAGAAGCCAUUCAAAAAUCAGCAGAGGAUGCAGAGAAAAGCAGUAAAGAAUCUACCUCACAGGGAAUGUCAUCGUUGCUGACUUCAGAUGGAUUCAGCUCUCCAGCCCCUUCUUCCGGGCCGAGUCCUGAGGUUGGCAGCCCUACGAGUCUCGCUCGCUCUGUCUCGGCUUCCGUCUGCGCCAUCAAGCCCAGUGACCCCAGUAGCAUUGAACCUACAGCUGUGGAGGCCAUGAAGACUUCAGCUGACUUUCAGACAAGCUCUAAGAAAACAGACCCUCCUCCUCUGCAGGGUCCUCCUGAUCUCGCUUCCCCAGCAGACCAGAAUCCAGCUAUGCCUUUUCAUAAUUCAUCUGAAGAAGCAUUUGUUGCAGAUAAUCCAGAGAAAUCUGCUGAAGGAAGAACCCAGGGCCUCCGAGUUUAUCUCCGUACAAGACAGGACACUAGUUUCUCUCUCACAACUACUGGGAUGCAUGAGCCCCAGGUAUUUGUGGAAGAAAAGAAUUGGCAUCCAGAAUAUCAGAACCCAAGUCAAGUGAAUGGCCUUCAGCAACACAGAGAACCACACAAUGGGAGUGGACAGCAGAACGUUCCACAUGACCAAGAAUGUCCUUGUGACACAGAAGACCUUGAACUUCAUGAAGAAAAUCAACAGGACCAAGAAAAAAUUGUCAGUUUGAAAGCUGUGAUGAAAGGAGAUGAACUUCAGACAAAUGCUCAUCUUCUAAGUACAGAGAAAAGUCUUCUAGCUUCAGGGUGCUGCAGCUGUUCGUGCUCAGAAACCCUGAUGGACGUGGAUGCAGUUGAGCAGCCUCUGGUUGCUGUGCGAAGCUCAACAGGCAGGCAGAACGCCAGUGUCGAGAGCCCUGGUGCAUCGCACCUCACUUCAGAUAACCCCUCAAUGGAAGUGGAAACAGGACAGUGGAACCCCUCCUGUGAAAGCAUGGAACAUUCCAUUUCAGCCCGGGGUUUGCAGCUCCCAGAAGAUACUGUUGAAGUGUCUGUGAUGGAUAGCAGAGAUAGCCGCAGCUCCCCUUCCCCUUUAAGUGAUCAUGGUCACCCCUCUGUGGAGGCAGCUGAAGAAUUUUGUUCAUCUGUCACAGUGGCCUUGAAAGAACUGCAUGAACUUUUGGUCAUUAGCUGUAAGCCAGCUUUGGAAAAAGCACCUGAAGAUGUUGCCUGUCAGUCAGAGAUGGAAGCUGAGAGCCAAGCAGGUAUUUUUGACGUUUCAGGAAAGAGGGCCCAAAAUGAGCAUCUGAUCCCUAGUGACCAGUACCCACAAGUUUCCUGUCACCAGGCCACCUCUGAAUCAGAAAAGACAGACAUUGUAGGCACUACACCUUGUGCUGGGAUAGAAGAUACAGCAUAUACUAGCUUCAGGGGUCUGGGCGAUAGUUUGUCAAAUGGCCGAGAAGUUGCCCCCAGACCAAGGGAGUCAGUCAGGAAGAACUGUUCUGUCGUCAUAACCUCAGCCAAACCAUCUGAUGAGUCACUCUGCACCUCAGGUGUAGAAAUGUCACCCACAUUUGCAGUAGGUGAGGAAGGUGCCCACAGUCAGCCUUCUGAGCACAUGGAGAAUCCAGGCACAGACGGGCCGGAGACCAGCGAUGUCUGCCCUGGAGCUGCGCCGCCCUUUCGUGGAUUGGACCCACCUGCUACACAGCCCUUGUCUUCUCCCUCCGCUCUUCCGCCGUUCAUCUUUCCCGCCGCAGAUGUUAACCGGAUUCUUGGUGCCGGCUUCACUCUGCAAGAAGCCCUCGGGGCUUUGCAUCGAGUUGGUGGGAAUGCAGACCUUGCACUUCUUGUUUUGCUCGCAAAGAACAUUGUGGUCCCUACGUAAUUGUGGGACAGUGGGCUUAGCCCGUACUCCAUUCCGUUUGUGAAAGCCCUCCCCACACAGAUGCACACUCACCACACACACACAGCAUACGUAGAAACCUGCAAGCAAAAUGUUGAGCCAGAUUUUUUUUUUCCGGCCAAAGUAAUUUAUGAUCUUUUGUCUGAUGAAUUUGUCUAUUUUACUUGUUAAAAUUUGGGCCUUUUAAAAUGUAUUAGCAGUAUGUGCAUACAAAAGCUUUUUAUUCUCAUUAAGAUGAUGUAUUCUGGAAUAAAAUGGAUGGUUUUCUGUAUAGCAUACCAUUUUAGAUGAGUGAGUGCUUUGAAAGAGGAGCCAUGAGGAACCUGCCACCUGUGCAGCCGCUUGCUGUGACUCUGGCUGUGCUGUGUGCAGGAUGUGGCUGAGAACAGGACGCUGGAGACGAGUUCAAUAACUUCUGGAGUUGUAUGUUUGAUUUGUGUGCUCAGGGGUGACAUUUAAGUAGGAUGAGCGGGAGGGCUUAACACCUGAGCUGUCGUCUUGUGCAUAAUAGGCUGCUGCAUGGAUUGAUUGCCAAAUACCUUUAUGACAGAGGGUGGGGUAUGGGGGAAUUCACAUUAGAGUGAAACAUGGUGCUACUUGUAUUUAAAAAGGGAAGGGAAAAAAAACCUGAUCAUAAUUCCAUUUGCAAAUGUCAAGGACUGUGAGUAAAAGAUAAUGGCUUAGACGAAACACUGGAAUGUACUAGAGAUAGGGCUUGGGGCAUCUCCCUGACACCCCAGCCCUCAGUGGCCAAUGGUGAGUCCAGCUUCAGCUCACGGGUUGGCCACCUGGAGCCUGGCUUCUGAAACAUGUCUGCUGGGAGCUUCUUCCCACGUUCAGUCUAAGCUCAGAGCUGAGCAAGACUGAACUAGGAGAACCUUUGUCCCUGGUCCUCUUGGUGCUUAGACUGGGUCCGUCUGUGAGUGUCCUUCAUGGCAGUGAAUACAGCUGAAGUUCUGACUACAGUGGCCUUGGUACAGUGUUCAUCCCUUUCUUUCCUCAGGAGUUUCUUUUUCUAAGCAGGAUCCAUGUUUGUGUUCACCACGUUGAGGUAGAGUUGGGGUGGAAUGUGUAGAUGUGUUUAUCGUGGCCUUUUUAAUGUAAGUUCUCGCCUUGCAAGUUGUCCUGUGGGCCCCACUGUGUAGUGAUCCCUCUGGAUAGGGUUGAAAGCAUCCUUUCCUAGAACAUAAACUGUUGUCUUAGAUGUCUGGCAGGAAUCUGGAAUCUUGCUUUUCUUGAAAAGGAUCUUGAGGGUAAUUCCUGGUUCCCGGUGAGAGUUUGCAGUUUGUUGAAAUGGAAGUGUCGAAAUCGAUUUCUGAACUAAGCAUUAACUGAUUUUUGUCUAAAGUCAAUCUCUCCCUUCCUCCGCUCUGAAAGUUUGUUCUUACCAUCAAAAUUAAAGUCAUCGAGCACAGAGAGGUUCAUAUCUCAGGGGUUUUUGAAACCUUAAGGGCACUUACAGGGAUUUGUUCUCUGAUCCAUCCUUGUUUCUGCCAUACUAUUUGUGUGCCGAGACUCACUUCAGGACAUGAUGGCAAGUCACACAGAGUAUCAUGAUCCUUUCUGGAAUUAGGAGAUGGUUUCUGGAUGGCCUUGCGGUUUCCUACUCUCCAUUAAAUGGCACUCAGAACAUCAGGCUAGCCAAGAAGUUCUUUGUUUCAGAUGAGCACAGCUCAUCCACUCUUUGCAUGUUCUGCACCAAAGAUGUAUGCUGGUGACACUGGGAAACUGCUCCCGGGCUUCUGUCCCCGACUCAGCUGUGGUUAGAGCCAGAUCAAGAAGCAGCGCAGUGAGGCCUGGUAUUUGCUUAGGGGGUGGGUUGGGGUAUAUUUUAGGGUUACAAAUCUUUGAGGCCACAGGAUGGGAUGGGUAGAGAAGGUACUGAUGACAGACCCACCCACCCACCCCAAGGCCUUCAGAAGAAACUGACAUGAAAGCCCAGUGGUUUGACUGCUGACUUUUUACAAUGUUGAAGUUUGGGAGACAGCCCUAGGCAGAAUGUCGAAUACCAGUCUGGAAAAGAUUUCAUUACAAGAGCUUUUAAUGUACCUACAGGUGUGUUUCUUUUUAGAAGCAAAAUGAUAGGCCAGUAGUUUACACAGAUACUCUUUUUAGGAAUCCUUUGAACUUAACUCAUUUGCCAAAUACUUUGUUCCUUUGGGUCAUUACUUUCUUUUCAACAUAUACUUACUUUUGAUUUUUAAACUGUCAAAAAUAAAUUAAAGGCCAGGCAUGCUGGCAUAUACCAGGUGGUAGGCAGAUCUCUGAGUUCAAGGCCAGCCAGAGCUACAUUAGUGAGACCCUGUCUAAAAACAGAAAAUCUUUUUAAAAUUAGGAAUUGGUUGGCUUAAAUGGAGCAGUCCUAGAAACAGGGACAUUAAGGAACAUGGCACUAGUGGACUUCAUUGUCAGUUUUCAUUUAGUAGCUAACUACCAAGAUCAAAUCAUCGUGAAUCCUAGUGUUCAGGUGUCAGAUUACAGCCAUAACCACAAGGGCAACUCCUUUACCAAACCGUGCCGGGAGGCACUUACCUCCAGUGGUGGUUUCCAUGUGUGCACCAAAGAGGAUUUACCUGUAAAACCUGUGCUGAAGCUGGUGUGUGGAAGGGGCUUGUAGCCAGACAGUAUAACUGCAGCUGGGGGUUGGCCCUUUGCUUCUGUGAAGGGCUGUUUCCAGGGGGGGUAGUUCAGGACUCGAGACAGCCAGAAGCCUUCGCCCCACAGUAUGGGCUGUGGGUGUUGAUAGGUGAAGACCCGUUGCUUGGCAAAGGAAGCUUGAGUAAACGGUGAAUGGUGUGCGACAACCUCUUCCUCAAAUCCUAGCCCCUCUGAUCGAGUGUCCACCCAGUGCAUUUCUCUGGCAAGAGGGUGCAUAGGAACGGGACAGGGACCUGGUGUCACUGAUUUUAUAACCAGCUUCUGUAGCUUCUGCCUGUUCGUCCCUCUCUACAGCUUUCUAUCUCUAGCGAAAGCCAUAAGAAUUUGUUUCAACUCUUCAGCUCAUGUCUAUAAAUAAAUAUGUACGCUAUCAUAGAUAAGGUGAUUGACAAAUAUCUUGCAUAGUUUGAAAAGCAGCUUUUAUGUCUACAGAUGCCUGCACAUCUGGUGGCUUUUCUUCCUACCGUGUAUAUAAUAAACUGCCUUGCAAAUAAUUGCAGGAGAGUCAAGGCAAAUUUUCUUUUUCUGUUGUGUGUUUUUUGUUUUUUGAGAUAAGAUCUCGCCAUAGCCCGGGCUGGCCUCAAACUCAUGGCAGUUCUGCCUCAGCCUCUAGAACGCUGGGAUUAUAGGCUCACACCACCAUGCCCAGUUCACACAGUGCAUUCCAGUUGCUACCUGUGGCGAGCAUGAACAGUGUAGCUGAACUGACUGGUGUACCCCUAGCAAUGGCAUGGGGCUUGGGGGCGUGGCUGAGUGGUGGAGCUACUGCAUAGCAUGUGAGGUCCAGGGUCUGAUCCUUAAAGUAAAAGCCAGUCUUGGUGAUGUAGGAAUCUGUGGCUGACUAAAAAAGCAAAGGUUACCAUAUAUUCCCCUCCUGGAGAAGGAAGGCCACUUGUCUCAGUAGUUACGUUAGAUAGCAUUUUGUGUUUCCUGGGAAUAAGUUCCUCUUGACAGCAGAAAGUCAACUCAGCGGUCCCUGAGGGCUGGCCCCGAGCUCCUGUGAGCUACCCAACCCCUUGAGUGUCGGUAGAGAGAGCCACAGGAAGGACUUCAGGGUGAGCCUUGGAUGUACUUGCUUUUCUUUUGUGCCUUAAUUUUUUUGAAUAGCAGAAGCAUCACAUCUUGGGAGUAUCAGGAAAGGCCAGAGGGGCAGCUCUCCUGGAGAGGGCUGGCCACAGUAUGAGGUCCUUGGCUCGUGGCUACUUUGACUCACUCUUACCCUGCGUCAGUCAAACUUUAGGUCUCCCCGGAUAGGAGUUUCUGCAUCCUGUAUACCAAAAAUGGUUUCUAGGUGUUUGUUAGGUUUUCUGUUGUGCAUUUUGUGCUGUUAGGGAGACAUCAAAUCUUACAUUCUAGAUAGGAAGUUAGCUCCUGUCAAGUUAUGCAGUCUGAUUAAGAGCCCCUAUUUUUGUUCAUCAAACAUUGAAUACCCCUGAGCCUGGGAGCUCAGCAGCAACGGAAGGAGACUGGAGCCUGGCCUUAGAAGCCUUCAGUCUAGGAGAGACAUGAGACAAGUGUUAACUAAGAUCUGUUUGUACCUAUUGGCAUGCUUUUGUUUUGGAGAAGAGAUUUCGUGUAGCCCAGGCUGGCCUUGAACUAGCAGUCCUCAAACAGCUGGGACUGUGAGGUUAGAGACACAUUCUGUAACAUCUGGUCGCAUGCUUUUCUUUUAAAACAUACUUGGUUGCAGUUUAGAAAUGACUGGGAAAAAAAUCAAGCCCACAGUAAGUCAGAUGACGUAAGCCUAGAGUUAUACUUUAAAUGUUUAGUUUUGUUUUGUUUAAACAAUUAGGGUCUGGAUGUUACACCUUUAAGCUGUAAGUGCAAGGCCAGUCAGGGCUACAGCGAGAAACUGUCUCAAAAUAAGUAAAAAUAAAAAAACAAUUGGGAAGUGUAGCCCGUUGAUAAGUAGCAUGCUUGCAAAACUGCAGGAAACCCUUAGUUCAGCUCCCAGCUGCAUAAUCCAGGUGUGGCAUAAAUGUAACCCCAUCACUGGAGAAGCAGAGACAGGAGGAUCAGAAAGUUCAAGGUCAUUUUUGGCUACCUAAUGAGUUUCAGGCCAGCUUUGGUUACAUGAAACCCUGUCUCCAAAAAGGUGAGGGAGAGUACGGGUGUAGUCCAGUGGUUGAACACCUGCUUGGCAUGUACAAGGUUCUGGGUUUGACCCCCAGCACGGCUAAGAAAAAAUAAAUUUAAAUAAGAAUUUAGUAGAAAUAACUGAAAAGAUGCUGAGGAAUCAGUGUGUAGUGCUGUUGACCGAAAAGAGCAGGCAGGGAAAAGUCGGGUAAAUGGAAGAGAGGAGUGAGUUACCUUUCCUUCCCUUAGGAGGCUGUAUGCCACACUGACGGGUGGGUGUGCAGCAUCCUCCACCCUCUGGUGAGCCAGGCUGCACUGGGAUGCCAACCAUCUGGGAGAGCAGAGCUCAGCAGAGGCCUCUCGGGAUGUGCUAUUUUAAGGCAACUGAGUGCAGUGUGUGGAAAUGAAAAUCCAGAGCAGCAAGAUUAGUGAACGAUGGGUGGGGUGGGCAAGCAGGGCUGCUUUGCAGAACUUGACAUACUCUGCAAGGCAUUCUUCAACCCUCUGUUUAAUAGUCCAGUGUAUGCAUCCUGAAGCAUAGAAAGAAAGGAGGUGGUUAGUGAUUUCUGAGCUUUACAGUUAGGAAAUAUGCUAAAAAAUUAAUCAGUACUUAAGACUGGGGGGAUGAGGAGGGGCUUGUGAAGUGUGGGGGGGACUGCAAAUUUUUAGGACACUAUCUAGGGAAAUCUACCAAGAAAAUGGCUCAAGAACGUAGGGGUCUCUACCUGCGAAGUUUGAACCACAGAUCAGGAGAUGGCACAGAGUAAAAGGUCAGACUGCUGCCUACAGAGCCGUGUCUAUGUGAACAAUCUCAGAAGGUUUGGAGUAGCUAAUGUGGGUGAGGGGCAUUUUUCCCUGGGCCUGGUCAGGUGAUGGGCAGUGAUCGUACCUAACAGUUUAGUAGCCUGCAACCUGCAAACUUAAACAAAUGUACCAGUGACGUGCAGAGUAGACCUGUGUUCCUACAUGAGCUAGUCAGAUCUGUGUUUACAGGCUCCUUGACAGAACCGGAAAGCCUGGGAGACACGUGGGCUCACACCAUUCCACCCCAGUGCUUAGGCUUGGGUUCUUCCCUGCCCUGGACAUCUUUAGUUCUGGAGAGACAUCAGGGGGAUCCUUUGUGUUGAUCAAAUCUGCCCUAUAUCACUCACCUUUCAUGAGAGACUAAUUGUGCAUUUGUGUCCAGAUCUCUUCAUGGUGAGUUGGGCUGGUGGCUUGUUCAAUGGUUUCCUAGCCCCAUCUGGCAGACUAUGACUAGGAAGCCUGCUUUGCUUCUUGCCUGUGUGUCACAAGGUUUCCUGGCUUUUCUUGAAGCGAGGCUGGUUGGCAUAGUCUGCUUGCCAGUGGUCCAGUCACGCUCACAUGCUUCGAGAGUUGGGAA